CCCCCUUCUCUUCUUCUCUACUAUCUCCGGCGAGCUCCUUCUCCGACUCCGGCGUAAACCCUAGUAAUGGCGGCUUUGAUGGAACCCAACUGGGAUGUAGACAAGCUUAGCUAUGAGAUCUUCUCCAUUCUCGAAAGCAAGUUCCUCUUCUCACCCUCCCCACCGACUACACCAGCAAAGCCGCCGAAAGCCGGAAGAGUUCGGAUCCUCUCCAUCGACGCCACCGGAGACGCGAUCCUCGCCGCAGCGUGUCUCUCCCGACUAGAAGCUUCGCUCCGGAAGCAAUCCGGUAUCACCUCCGCCCGCAUCUCCGAUUUCUUCGACCUCGCAGCCGGAUCCGGCGCCGGGGGCUUCCUCGCCGCGCUGCUCUUCACCCCUCGCCCCGGCGGAGCUCCUCCUCUCUCCGCUGAAGACGCUCUCCGUCUUCUCUCCAAAACCAGAGGUAAGAUCUCGGGGCGAAGAGGGGUUUUAUCUGGAAUUUUCCGGCGAUCGGUGGGAGGGGUUUUCAAGCGGGUGUUCGGCGAUGCGACGAUUAGGGAUUCGGUGAAGCCGGUGUUGAUCCCGUGCUAUGAUUUGAACACCGGCGCGGUGUUGAUGUUCUCGAGGGCUGAUGCGACGGAGGCGGUGGGGUUUGAUUUUAGGUUUAGGGAUGUGUGUGCGGCGACGUGCGCGGGAUGGGGGAAGAGGGUGGCGGUGAAGUCGGUGAAUGGGAUGACGAGGAUUGAGGCAAUCGGAGGUGCGGUGGCGAUGGUGAAUCCGGCGGCGGCGGCGGUGACCCAUGUGUUGAAUAAUGGGAUUGAGUUCCCGCUUGCGAAUGGGGUUGAGGAUCUUCUUGUUAUCUCUAUUGGGGGUGUGGAGGUUGGUAAUGGGGUUUCCGGCGUGGUGGCGCCGCCGUCGCCGGGGGAGCUCGUUGAGAUCGCCGGCAAGGGAGAUGCCGAUAUGAUCGAUCAAUCUCUCGCCAUGGCGUUCGGACAUUGCAGGACAAGCAACUACGUCCGCAUUCAGGCUAAUAAUUUACUAAGCCCCACAAGGAUUCAGAAAUCAAAAGGCAAAGGCAAGACCAAUGAAACAGAGAUCCUGAUGAAGAUGGCAGAGGAUGUGUUGAAUCAAAGGAAUAUAGAAUCAAUCCUGUUCAGAGGUAGGAAAGUAUCAGACCAAACAAAUGCUGAAAAGUUGGAUUUUUUUUCACAAGAAUUAUUCAAAGAGCAUCAAAGAAGGAUGAAAAACAACAACAACAACAACAACAACAACAACAACAACACUGAUCCUUCUUCUCUAGUCACUAGACCUUCAUCUGCCACAACAUCAAUCACAUCUCCAUGAAGAGGAAAAAAAAUAAAAAAGAAAUUUUUUUUAAAAAAAUAAAGAAUUUUAUGGAGAUCUAACUUAUGUGCAUUGAGAUGGAGAAAUGAUAGAUGAUGAUGUCUAUUUUUUUCUUUUUUUCCUUUUUUUGUGUUUUUGGGUUAAUGUUGAGAAGUUUCCUUAAUUAGCGGUGAGAUUUGGUGAUGGGAAGUUGUUAGUUUGCUUAGAUGUAAUUAAUUAGAGCUUGACUUUUUAUGUAAUGUUGUAACUUAAUAUUCUUCAAUGAAGAGAAUGUUUUCAAUUUCA